AAAAUCCAACACACAGCUUCUCUUUGGCAAAUGGCUUGUAUUCAAAUCGUUAGGCUUAGCAUUGGAGUACAAAAUGAAUUCUUUCUAUGAGCGGGCCUUUGGCAAUGACUCCAAUAUGCCCAGCUACGAUGAGGUGAAACAGCGACUCUCCUUGCUUUUCUACAAUUAUCUUUCGCAUAGUGAAGGUCCUGUGCGUCCCACAGUGCCGCAGUCCAUUGAGAUUGGCGGAACACACAUCAAGGAAAAGCCUGAUCCUUUGCCAGUAGAUCUUGCCGGAUUCCUUAAUAACGCAACUAAUGGAGCCAUCUUCUUCAGCCUGGGCACCAAUGUCAAACUCAAGUACUUUGAUCCCCAACUCAUUGAAACCAUUUACCAAGUGCUCUCUCGUCAACCAUUGCGUGACAUCUGGACGUGGGAUGACCAGGAACCCAAGCCAGGCAACGAAUCUAACAUAUACUUCCAGAACUGGCUGCCCCAGGAUGACAUACUAGCGCAUCCAAAUACCAAAUUGUUCAUAACUCACGCUGGCAAAGGAGGCGUGGCUGAGGCCCAGUACCAUGCUGUACCAAUGCUGGCGUUACCUGUCUUUGGAGAUCAGCCCGGCAACGCUCAACUAAUGAUGGCAUCAGGCUUUGGAAUCAGUAUGGAUCUGCUUACGCUCAACAAGGAGAGUCUGGAGAAGGGCAUUCAAGAGGUGCUCAAUAAUCCCGUAUAUCGCAAUAAUGUCCGCAAGUUCUCAGAUCUCUAUCGGGAUCGACCGCUGACAGCUCGCCAAUCUGUGAUCUAUUGGACGGAGUAUGUGAUGCGUCAUAAAGGAGCUUACCAUCUGCGGAGUCCUAUUGUAAAACUCGGCUUUUUGGCACGAUACAAUCUCGAUGUUUAUGCCAUUCUUCUGCUCAUCUUCGCCUGUUCGAUGAUCAUAUUCGAAUUUCUGCUACGAUUUCUAGUCAACACAAUCCUAUUGAAAACGCAAUCCAAGGUCAAAAGAGAAUAAUUGUCAACUUGGCACGCGUUACGCAUUCGACGUGUUGGGGAGUGUAAAUGUCAUUAAACACUAAACGAUUUAUAUGAUUACAAAUUCAAGUUGAACAAGCCCACAUACAUACGACGAUUAUACAUACAUAUACAUAUGUAAAACAUCAACAAGUUUCCAAUUCUCGCGUUGACUAUAAAUAAAAUGUUUGUGCUGAUUGUUACUCUCUUCCUCCGCUCUCUGAAAUGUGCAACACUGAGCCAAAAUGAU